AUGGAUUGUUUAAAGACUCUUCUCGUUGCCAACAGAGGCGAAAUCGCCGUCAGAAUUAUCAAGACCGCAAAGAAGCUGAAUAUUCGUACAAUUGCGAUCUAUACCGAGCCAGACGCUGCCUCUAUCCAUGUUCAUUUAGCAGAUGUCGCCGUUCUCCUCUCUGGUUCUGCCUCAAGAUCAUAUAUCGACGGUGAUCAGAUUAUUCGGAUUGCAAAGCAGAAUAAUGCGGAUGCUAUUAUCCCAGGUUAUGGAUUCUUAUCUGAGAAUGCAGAUUUUGCUAGGGCUGUGGCUGCCGCUGGUUUAGUAUUUGUAGGACCCUCACCUGAGAGCAUCGAAGCUUUUGGCCUUAAGCAUACCGCGCGAGAACUUGCGACGAAGGCCGGAGUUCCCAUCGUGCCGGGAUCACCUGGCUUGAUCGAGAAUGAAGAUGACGCUGUGGAGGUGGCUCAGAAGUUGGGGUAUCCGGUCAUGCUGAAAGCCACCGCUGGUGGUGGUGGAAUGGGCUUGCUUACAUGCAAUUCCGAGGCCGAAGUACGCAAGUCCUUCGCAACUGUCAAGUCCCGAGGUGAAGCAUUAUUCAAGAACGCGGGCGUGUUCAUUGAGCGUUAUUAUCCAUCCAGCCAUCAUAUAGAAGUUCAGGUGUUUGGCAACGGGGAUGGUAAGGCGAUUUUUAUUGGCGAAAGGGAAUGUUCGAUACAACGAAGGCAUCAGAAGGUGAUUGAAGAAUGCCCGAGCCCUUUCGUCUCCAGAAAACCAGGGUUGCGAAAGAGCUUGGGUGAGGCUGCUGUUCGUCUGGCGGAGUCGACAAGCUAUGGUUCAGCAGGGACGAUAGAAUAUCUUGUCGAUGAUGAAACUGGCGCAUUCUUCUUUCUGGAGAUGAACACUCGCCUACAGGUUGAGCACGGGAUAACCGAACUCUGCUAUGGCAUUGACUUGGUUGAACUCAUGCUAGAUCAAGCGGAUGCCCAGCUUUCUGGGAAGAAGGGCGUUGAAGCAUCUUUCCUUGCAAGCUUACCAGUGGAAGCCCCUUUCGGCGCCGCUAUUGAAGCAAGAGUGUAUGCUGAAAACCCGACCAAAGAUUUUGCCCCUUGUCCCGGAACCUUGCAAACCGUCGAAUGGAAGGAAAUGCCAGGUUCAAGGAUUGAUACAUGGGUCUAUCGAGGCAUCAAGAUAUCCGCCAAUUACGACCCCCUCCUCGCGAAGGUCAUGUACCACUCGCCAGAUAGACAGCAGACUAUAAUAGGAAUGAGGGAAAUUCUAGGAAAAUCACGUAUCUGCGGGCCUCCAACCAAUCUGGAUUUCCUGGUUAAGAUUCUAGAAGAGGAGACCUUUGUUGCAGGCAACACAUUGACAAGAUUCCUGGACGAUUUUCAGUACACCCCGUCAGCGAUCGACGUCAUUUCGGGUGGCGCCUAUACGCUCAUCGAAGACUGGCCCGGGCGACCGACCAUAGGAAGGGGGUUUUGUCAUUCUGGGCCAAUGGACCCGCUAGCUUUCCGCAUCGCGAAUGCCCUCGUCAAUAACCCCAUGGGUUUUGAGGCUCUGGAGAUUACCCUGAGCGGCCCAGAUCUACGCUUCCUCGGGGAUGCAAUCAUCUCCCUUUGUGGAGCGCCGAUUGAAGCUAAACUCGAUGGAGAUGCUGUUCCAAUGUGGUCAAGAGUCAAGGUAGCCGCUGGUCAACGUCUGACUAUUGGUAAAACUACAGGAAACGGCUGCAGGGCUUACCUCGCAGUGUUUGGUGGAUUCCUCAACGUGCCCAAAUGGUUUGGGUCAAAGUCGACGUCUCCAGGUGUAGGAGUUGGAGGUUAUCAAGGUCGGCAGCUUUCAUCGGGAGACCUUCUCGCAAUCACAAGCGUGAUUCCGGAAGUCAGUAGUGAUCUCCGUAUACCAGAACACCUCAUCCCCAUUUACCCAAGUCACUGGGAGCUGCUAGCCAUGCCAGGACCCUACGAUGAGGCUAUCUUGUUCACGAGAGCAUCGAUAUGCUGUUUGAGUCUCAGUGGAAGAUUUCACACAAUGCGGCCAGAGGAGGCAUCCGUCUCAUCGGUCCCAAACCACGAAUACGGAUACGCAAUCGGCUCGCUCAACUGGACAGGCGACGAUCCCGUUAUCUUUCCACAAGAUGCCCCGGACUUUGGGGGAUUUGUGAGCAGUCAUACGAUCGUAAAGGCAGAUCUGUGGAAGUUAGGACAGGUGAAAGCGGGGGAUACCCUGAAAUACAAAGCAGUGUCUUUGGCUGAUGCCCUGGAUGCACGGAGGGAUAUGGAGAGAUUCGUCGACGAACUGGUCCAUUGCUGCCACCAAGGGCAUGGGUUCAACGACGUGAAACAGCUGAGAGGCAUGCCUGCCGAGCAGCCAGCUGAGACUCGCGGCAAAGGCGUGGUGCAUCGGAUUGAAGAGCAAGGAACCCAGCCCCUUGUGUCUUACAGACAGGCAGGGGACGACUAUCUCCUCAUUGAUUAUGGCCACGGGUCAUUUGACUUGAACCAUCGCUGCAGAGUCACUGCACUAAAGAAGGCACUCGAUGAAGGAAAAGAGAUCACGUUCUCGAAUGGGCUCAUUUCAACGGUUGGAUGCGGAAAUUCGCUGAUGCUGUACUACGACGGCAUGAAACUCUCUCAGCAAAGACUAAUCAGCUAUCUCUGCGAGCUCGAGACAAAACUCGGAGAUCUUAGUCAAGCAAAGAUGCCGAGUCGGCUGUUCAGGCUUCCUCUCACGUUCGAGAGUCAAAGACAAAAAGAUGCCAUUCUGCGCUAUAUGGAAACACAGCGUCCGUACGCUUCGUACCUUCCAGACAACAUGGAAUUUGUAGCCAGAAACAACGCUUUCACAAAGGAAGAGUUCGAAAACAUCUUCCUGACAGCCAGCUUGAUGGUUGUCUCUGUCGGAUUCUUCACUGCACUUCCGCUCGCCCUCCCUGUGGAUCCUCGUCAGCGCAUGAACUGCCCUAAAAUGAAUCCAAGUAGAGUAUAUACUCCGGCCGGCUCAGUAUCAUGGGGUGGAAGCUGCAUGGCGUUGUACAACGUCGAUUCGCCUGGUGGAUAUCAACUGACCGGAAUGACCAUACCGGGCGUCGACAUCUUGGGCUCGAAGAAAGGCUACAGCGCCGACAGACCGUGGCUCUUCGAAGAGUUUGAUCAGAUAACCUUCUACCGAGUCUCCGAAGAGGAAUACGAAAAACAGCUGGCGCUGUUUAAUAGCGGCCAAUACGAAUAUCAAUGGGAGGAGGUUGUUUUUGACAUGACGGAGCACAAUCGACUCUUGCAGGAAACCCACGACGAAGUAGCAGCCAUUCGAGCACGCCAGCGUCGGGCGCAGGCUGAAAUGGAUAAAAUCGAAGCAGAGUUGCUCGAACGCUGGGCGAAGGAAAAGGCCGAGAGGGGAGUAUCUCAGGACACAAUCGAGAGUUUACUUCAAGACCCCGAGAUCAUCGCAAUCGAGGCCCCCUUGAAUGCCAAUGUGUGGAAAGUUGAGGUCAAGCAAGGGGACAAGCUGGAAGAAAGCCAGGUCGUGGUCAUACUAGAAGCGAUGAAACUCGAAAUCGCUGUGCGCGUCGAGCCUUCUGCAGCGGGUGCCAUCGUGGAGAAGGUUUUGGCACCACCAGGAGAACCGAUCGAGGCUGGUAAGCCACUAUUACUCGUGCGGAAAGUCAAGACCUGA